CUCUCAAUCGCCUCUCUUCUCUUAUUACAUGAAGAAUCACGCGUUUCGCACCCUCUUCCUCUCCACCAUUGUCCUCCUCAUCUCCGGCGCAAGGGCAAAGUGUCCACCCUCCUUCGACUGCGGCAACCUCGGCACCAUGCACUUCCCCUACACCGACACCAAACACCCUCUCUGCGGCCUGCUGGUCAUACACGGUUGCGGCGACCGCGACCCCGACGCCAUCAAAACCAUCAAAAACAAAGGAACAUGGUUCUACAUCACGCGCGAUCACGACACCGUUUUGUUCAGGGACGAUGACCUCCGCACGCUCCUGCUGUCCAGAAGGUGCGGCGUCUUCAGCACCAACUACACCGGCUUGGACACCACCUCGCCUUUCCUUUCGCUCCGUUUCACGAACGUUACGCUGUUCAGAUGCAACCGCGCGCUCAGCGUCACGCCGUCUUCGAACUCGUCGUUUUCCAAGUCUACGACGUGCCCCGAUGAUGACAUCUUCUACGACACGGCUAAUACUACUGCGGAUGAUGAGUCUCUGAGUUAUUCUGAAUUUGAAGCGUGUUCGAUGGUUCGGCUUCCGAUCAGAGAUGCGGGGCUUGUGCCUAACCCCGAUGGAAGCCUCUUUGAAUACGUGUCAGCUGAUAUUCCUGUCCGUGUGGAGGUGUCGCGUGAUUGUUCUUCUUGUUACUAUCUUAGCGGGGGGCGGUGUCAACUUGAUAACCAAGGGAAGUUCUUUUGUGCACAAGAGAAAGCUAGUGAAAAGGUGAAGAUAGUGGUAGCAGGUACAACGUUUUCUACCUUGAUUAUCUAUGCCAUUGCCUAUUAUUUAUUUAACUUUGAACCUAUGUUAUUAGUUAUCCUUAUUCCAUAGUAGGUUGAAUCUCUUCUCUGGUUGAUGGAGUUCUCUAAUAUAAGCCCAUCAUAUUAAUUCUAAUGAAGACAACUGUGAUUGAAUACGAAAAAGGGGAGGAAAAAGCCAAUAUGAAAAUACAUUAUCUUACAGGGUAUAAUUUUUUUUUUUUUUUUUCUGAUUCUAACUUCUUAAUGAAAUAAACCUUCAGCUACUUCUGUUGGUGGAGCACUGGGAAUUUUGAUGGUCUUGGCUUGCAUCUUACGAAGAUACUGUGGCCACAAGGAGAAUCCCACUUACCUGAUGAUUGAGAAUUUUCUGAAGCAACAUGGCCACCUUUCAGCCAAAAGGUACAGUUAUUUGGAAGUAAAGAAAAUGACCAACUCCUUCAGAUACAAAUUAGGCCAAGGAGGGUAUGGUAGUGUAUACAAAGGGAGGUUACAAAAUGGAAGU